UGGAGUUUCCUGAUCCGGGGCGAGGAUUCCUCCCAGCGCCAUCAACACAGCCGAUGCCAGGGGUACCCGGAUCCGGCCAGCCCGGGCACCGGGGAGGCCCUGGGAAUCUCUGUAACUGAUGAAACAUGAAGAUCUUAGCUCGGGUUUGUGCGGCAAGUCUGCUGCUCUGCGCCAUCCUUUGGCUGUGCUGGAGGAGAGCUAACGUCAAUGAGCAAGAGGAGCACCGGCCAUCUUAUCUACCUCAUACACUAGAGCUCCGGGGAUACAGCCGACUACCAGAUGGGGAGCCACUGGUCAGAAACCUAUGCCAGACGUGCUCGGUGGUGUCCAGUUCUGGCCAGAUGCUCGGCUCUGGCCUGGGGCCACAGAUAGACCAGGCUGAGUGUGUCUUGCGAAUGAACACUGCUCCCACGGUUGGCUAUGAAUCAGAUGUGGGCAGCCGUAGCACGCUAAGAGUUGUGUCCCAUACCAGCGUUCCACUCCUUCUCCGUAACCAGACCUACUUCUUCCAGCAAGCCCACGAGACGGUGUACGUCAUCUGGGGUCCUCCUAGGCAGAUGGACAUUGACCAUGGGAUUACCUAUCGAGCCUUAUUGCAGGCAAAAGGCAGAUAUCCCGGAGUGAACGUCUACAUACUGACACAGAAUAUGAUGAUGCACUGCGACCAUAUAUUUCAGAAUGAGACAGGCAAGAACAGGGCGAUGUCUGGUACCUUUCUGAGCACUGGUUGGUUCACAAUGAUUCUGGCCAUGGAGCUGUGCGACGAGGUCUCUGUCUAUGGGAUGGUCAGCGAGAACUAUUGCAGGGAUCGCUCACACCCCCCGGUGCCUUACCACUACUAUGAGAAGGGCAGGCUGGACGAAUGUACCACGUACCUGAUGCACGAGAGGGCCACUCGAGGGGCGCACCGCUUCAUCACGGAGAAAGCCGUCUUCUCCCGCUGGGCCAACAAAAAACGCAUCCAUUUUAUGCACCCCUCGUGGGCAACUUGAGGGCCAGAUCCCCCCUUCC